AUGCACAUCACCCCAAAAGAGCCUAAAAAAGCAAACCCCCAAGACCUCCAUCUUUCCCCUCCCAUAUGUUCAUUCCCAAACAGUCACACGUCGCACAAGCCGAGGCAUGAUUGCCGCAAGCAUGUUAGUUCCCGCAUUCAGAAAAAGAGUGACCAAAUAACGCGCAAAGGAAAGUCGAGUCGAAGAAGAAAAAAAAGUGUGUAA